AUGUUCGGAGUGGCCCUGCUCGAAAGCAGCGGAGUGCCGUACCUGGUUCAACUCAUCACGCGGUUCCUUCUCAAACAUGGCCUCGACAAGCGCGGGUUGUUUGAGGUCGUGCCCAACUCGUCGUCGCUCGCCGCACUGGUGGCAGAGCUGACUCGCAUUGGGGAAGCCUCUGCUGAGGAUCAGAGGGCAAAACUGCAAACUCUUUUUUCUGCGUCUGAAAAACUGGAUGGCCGUGCCUCAGGCUCCGAGGCCGACUUGGUAUUGGACAGACAAUGCUCGACAUCGACGGCCUCGCUCGGCAGCCGUCACUCCAGCGGCGAUGUCGACGAUCAGUGGCUCAUCCCUGGCAAGCCGGCCUUUACGGUUGCCGGCCUGUUGCGGUACUACCUCGACCAUCUGCCCGAACCGGUCAUUCACUCGUCGCUCUACGCGCGGCUUGUCAAGCUUGGCUCCGAGUGCCAAGAGGCCAAGUCCGCGGUCUCCGAGGCGACCGGCGAGGCGCUCUCGUCGCGCGCUCGCGAGACCAUGGUGCUCAACGAGCUCGGCAUGAUCCUCCGCAUCGGCCUCCCGUGGUCGCACCUCAAGACGCUGCAAGUCAUUGUCAUGCUCCUGGCUAGGGUCGCUGACAAUGCCUCGGUCAACUCGAUGUCAUCGACGUCACUGGCGGUCGCGCUCGGCCCGGCCCUUCUCCGCCCGCCGGCCUUGGCCACCGUCACUCACACGCGCUUUGAGCCCGAGUACCUGUUGCAGAUCCCGGCCGUUGUCCGCAUCAUCACCCUUCUCAUCGACCACGCGCGCCAGCCGGGCCUCUUUGACGUCGCGGCGCCGAGCCAGGCAUUGCCAGCGGCCGAACUCGACAGCGCUGAUGCGUCGGGUGAUGGCGACGCUGCCGACGCAUCCGCGACGCUCGAGGCCGAAAAGGCUCGGGUCAAGGCUCGUGCGGCAGCAGCGGUAGCAGCUGCCCGGCCGGCGACCGAAUCCACAAAGCCGCAGCCCAAGUUCAAUCUCAGCGCGUCGCAGACGCGAGUGUUUGAGACUUGGCGCGCUCAGCGCGACGCCCAGUUUGCCGCCGAGUCGGAUAUGGCCCGACCGAGCUCGGUCAAGCAGUUUGCGCUCUCGCUCAGCGUCCUUGGCCGCCGCAAUGUGGCGCUGGGUGUCGACCCGGUCCCACUCCCGCUCCGCGUUGCCUUUGACUACCUCGAGAACACCGGCGAGCUCCUCACCACCGCAGACCUCUUUGAUCACGACCUUGUCUUUAUCCGCGGCUCCAUCGAGGCCGCUGUGGCCGAGCUGGACGCCUCGCGCAAGCCUCAGUGGACGCUUGCCGACACUGACCCUCACAUCCCUGCUGGCGUCGUCCUGCACUUUUUCCGCCACUUGCCGGAGCCACUCUUACCCGACUCGUCGCACAAGCUGCUCUCGGUCGCGCUCAACGCUCUUGUCCUCUCUGCUUCUCAGGCUACUGUCCCCGAGUCGCCGCGGUCCAACACGCUUGACGUCCACGCACUUGGUCAGAUCCGCUCGGUCAUUGCCAAUCUACCGCCCAUCAACGUGCAGGUUGUCCGCUACAUGGUGGACAAACUCACGAGCUUCCUCGCAGCCGAAGAGAGCCACGGCGUGACCCUCGAACGGCUCGCCAAGGUCUUUGGCCCGCUCUGGUUCCAGGGUCCACCCACAUCGUCAUCUCGCGCCUCACGCACCGAAGCCUUUGCCCUUCACUCACACACCGUUGUCAAGGUCCUCCUCCUCCUCUCUGACUACAUCCUCUCCCCCGUCGAACCACCGCCGCCUGCACCUGCUGACCAGGACCACGCAGUGGCUCUCACCGACCUACAUCGCUCCAUCGCCAAUCACCUCCAAGCCGUCCGCCAGCAAAUGGCCCGCUAGUU